AUGCCUUUUCGUUUCCUUCGCGCCUUUUUAAAUCAAGAAAAGACCGUUCAACAGAUAGCCGACUCCUAUCCAGUGAGAGCUGCGGCGAAAACAGCGGUGAGAGCAUGGUGGAUCUCGAGGCAUAAAAUCAACAAUCUUGAGGCCACAAAAAGACUUGGAAUCUUCAAGAAAGUUUUCAACGACGAGUAUCAGAAGGCCCUCAAAAAA